AUGAUUGUUGAUAUUGCUACAUUUUCAGGGUUCCAGAUAUUCCAACAGGUUGCUCCUGCCCCAUGUAGGAUGAACUGGAUUCAGGUAGGAGGAGAAACUUCAACAUCUGAAGAAGAUUCCAAAUAUAUCUUCUCAGAAAGCAAGCACAUUCCUACUGAUGAGCAUGCUAAAACACCCGAUUUCCAGAAGUGGAAAGGCAUUGCUAUUGAAAAAUACGAGCUAGAAGCAGCCAGGACUCAGGCAGCAGGACAAAAUUCAUCUGAUUCAAAAUAUUUCAGCUGUCUAUCCACUACCACUAAACUCCUUCCUACUGAGGAGCAUGGGUUCCAGAUAUUCCAACAGGUUGCUCCUGCCCCAUGUAGGAUGAACUGGAUUCAGGUAGGAGGAGAAACUUCAACAUCUGAAGAAGAUUCCAAAUAUAUCUUCUCAGAAAGCAAGCACAUUCCUACUGAUGAGCAUGCUAAAACACCCGAUUUCCAGAAGUGGAAAGGCAUUGCUAUUGAAAAAUACGAGCUAGAAGCAGCCAGGACUCAGGCAGCAGGACAAAAUUCAUCUGAUUCAAAAUAUUUCAGCUGUCUAUCCACUACCACUAAACUCCUUCCUACUGAGGAGCAUGGGUUCCAGAUAUUCCAACAGGUUGCUCCUGCCCCAUGUAGGAUGAACUGGAUUCAGGUAGGAGGAGAAACUUCAACAUCUGAAGAAGAUUCCAAAUAUAUCUUCUCAGAAAGCAAGCACAUUCCUACUGAUGAGCAUGCUAAAACACCCGAUUUCCAGAAGUGGAAAGGCAUUGCUAUUGAAAAAUACGAGCUAGAAGCAGCCAGGACUCAGGCAGCAGGACAAAAUUCAUCUGAUUCAAAAUAUUUCAGCUGUCUAUCCACUACCACUAAACUCCUUCCUACUGAGGAGCAUGAUUUCCAGAAGUGGAAAGACAUUGCUAGUGAACCAUACAUGCUGGAAGCAUCCAAGAUUCAGGCAGCAGGAGGGAACUCAUCUGAUUCAAAAUAUGUCAGCUGUCUCUCUACUACCAGCGAAAUCCUUCCUCCUGAGAAGCAUGAUUUCCAGAACUGGAAAGAGUCAUCUAUUGAACCAUGUAUGCUGGAAGCAGCCAGUACUCAGGCAGCAGGAGAGAAUUCAUUUGAUUCAGAAUAUGUCACCUUUCUCUCCACUACCAGCAAACCCCAUCCCAUUGAGGAGCAUGAUUUCCAGAAGUGGAAAAGCAUUAUUACCAAAAAAUACAUGCUGGAAGCAGCCAGAACUCAGGCAGCAGUAGUGAAUUCAUCUGAUUCAGAAUAUUUCACCUGUGUCUCCACUUCCAGCAAACUCCUUCCUACUGAGGAGCGUGAUUUUCAGUACUGGAAAGAGUCUGCCAUCGCACCAUAUAUGCUGGAAGCGGCAAGAGAGAAUUCAUCUGAUUCAGAAUAUUUCAGCUGUCUCUCCCCUCCGAGCAAAACCCUUCCUACUGAUGAGUAUGAUUUCCAGAAAAGGAAAGGCAUUGCUACUGAACCAUUUAUACUGGAAGCAACCAGAACUCAGGCAGCAGAAGAGAAUUCAUGUGAUUCAAAAUAUUUCACCUGUCUCUCCACUUCCAGCAAACUCAUUCCUCCUGAGGAGUGUGAAUUCAAGAAGUGUCAAGAAAUUGCUCCUGCACCAUGUAGCAUCACCAAGAUUCAGACAACAGGAGAGAAUUCAUCUUUCUCAGAAUAUUUCACCUGUCUCUCGUCUCUCAGCAAACACAUUCCUACAGAUGAGCUUGGAUUGCAGAAGUUUCAAGAAAUUGUUCCUAAGUCAUAUAUGCUGGAACCAGUCAGGGAUCAGGCAGCAGGAGAUAAUUCAUCUUCCUCAGAUUAUUUGACCUCCAUCUCCUUUGACAGCACACUGACCCCUAAUGAUAAUCAGGAAACCAGUGAAUCAUCUUCAUAUGUUUCCUAUCCUGAAUCACAUAGUACGUCUGUAGAAAGCAAGUUGGAAGAAUCAGAAUAUUCUUCGUCAUUGGCAUAUAACGAAUUACCAGUUUACUUGGCCAAUAAUCCCUGUACAUGCUCAAAGAAGAGGAAAAGGGAAAGAAUAAUGAAAGUGUACUAUAUGCAUGUUAGAAUGAAGAGGGGGGUGGCUGUCUUAGAGGAUACAGAAGACGAAAGUCAGCCUCCAUGCAAAAAGACAAAAAUGAAAACCAUUGCAUUUCCUGAGACAAUCCAUACAGAAGAAAAUCUCUCUGACGUAUCCACAGAAGAACUCCUAACUGAGAGUGAUCUCAGCUUUGAUGAUGUAGUCCAAGAGGCAUCAGAAGAUAAUGACAGACCGAUAGAUCUUCCACCUCUGGAGACAAGUUCCAGAGCUAAAACACCAGAAUGGCUUGUGGCCCAUGACAGUGGCUACAGGUGCAUGGCCUGCUGCCGAGUUUUCCCCUCCUUGGAGAUUCUACAGGACCAUGUGAAGAAUGGUAUUAAAGAGGGAUUUAGCUGCCAUUCUUUUCAUGUAGCCCUUAACUUGCUUAGAAGUAAGAACAGAAAUAGAAAAAAAGAAGUAUACGAAGAGGAGGAAAACAAAGUCAAAAAGAGCUGGACAAAAGGCAUAAGUAUCCAAUGUCACAACAUAAUUAGGCACAUAAGAGACUUCUUUCACAAUAACCAUUGAUAGCAUCAUGACCACCAGCACAACUAUCACCACCAUCAAAAGCCCCAGCACCACCAUUAUUACUACCAUCAACAAUACAACAACAAUGGCCACCACUAUGACUACUACAACCAUUGCCACUGUCAAUAACAUCACCAUCAACAGCAGCAGCAACAAGCACCAUCAUCACUAUCUUAUCAUCACAGCCAUCACUACUAUCAAGAGUAUCACCACUACAAUCAUAAUUAGCACCACCAUCAACAGCACCACUACAAUUACCACCUUCACCGGCACUACCAGCACCACCAUCAACAGUACUAUCUGCAGCACCAUCACCACCAUACCAUGACCAUCACAACCAUUGCCACUGUUAACAGCACCAUCAAUAGCAGUGCCAUCUCUACCAUCACCACCAAUAGCACUACCAUCAACAGUACCAUUACCAACAUCAUAAUCAUUGUUAACAGCACCAUCACCUCAGCCAUCACUGACAUCAACAAUGUUAUCACCAGCACAAUAGUCAUCACCACCAUUGACAGCACCACCAGUAGCACAUUAGCAGCAGCAUCACCACUAUUAUCACCAACAUGGCUAGCACCACCAUCACUAGCCCAUAACCACCACAACCAUCAAUACCAUAAAUAAUAGCACCAGUACUGCUAACACCACUGUCAACAGCUCCACCUUCAACAGCACCACCAUCUACAGGACUACUAUUAUCAUCAUCCCAGCACCAUGAUCACCACCACCAGGGCCACCAGCACCAAUAUGGACAGUAGCACUUGUACCACAAGUAGGAUUAGAGAAGCCCUUUAGAUAAUAUUCCCCAGAAGAAAAAACAAGUUUGUAGACCACAUCAAGCUAUAAAGCAAAAAUGUCCUCAGGCAAACUAAAGAGCAAUGAAUACCAGUAUAUCAUCUUUAUCACUGGAAGAAAUUCAUUUGAAAUAGAAACUGCUAUGGACUGGACUUAGAAGAAGAGGCGAGGUUCCCAGGGCACCAAGAAUCUGGUUCUAUAUAAUCAACAGAGAGGAGAUAAACAUGGACAAAGCUGAGAAGACUUUGCAAAGCCAGGUGCACGCUGCUAUAGCGGAGAGUGUCAUUUUUAGUUAGAAGGAAAAUCAGACUUGUCUUCAAUAUUUCUAAAGUCACAGAAUCAAAACAGAAGUUGUCCUGAGAUUAGCUGAAGACUUGUCUCUAUGAUAAGAACUACCUUCCUGACUUAAAGGUGUUCUUUUUUAUUUUGCUUAUCUCACAGCAAAAAAAUGGUAUGGAUUAUACAAGGAAGGAGUUUCUCUUCACCAAGCUGUCAGCACUUAAGAACUGAGAAAAUACAAGAAUAAAUAAUUUUUUAUUAAUCUAUUUUAUAGUACAGUAAAAUAUAUUAUAGAAAUUUUCUUUAAUAAUGUGGAUUAAUAUUAAAGUAGAACUAUUUGUUAUUGAAUGUACCCACUGAAGGAAAAUCAAGGAACGAGAGAUGGGUAUCCUGAACUUCUUCCUGUUUCCAUUCUCUUGCUAACUGCCACACUCACAUUAUUCAGUGUCAUCAUUCCUGACCAAAUCCAUAUCCUGUUCCUCUUCCACAAAACUUUGAAUGGCUAAUUCCUCCAGCAAGCUAAACCAUCAUCUCGUCCAAAUAAAUGUUGAAUUUUCUUUCUUCUUAAUGGUAUGUCACUUUUGUUUUGAUUUUUGUGGUUUUAUUUCUCUUUAAUUUUUUUUUUCCAAUAACCUCGUAGAAGACUUAGUAGUGAUAGGAUAAAUGCCUAUGUAUGCACUCCAACAUAAUGCUAAAACCAAGCAUUUGCUACUAUUUUGAAUUUUUGCAAUUAUUUGUUAUACCUCAUUGGUUUAAUUUUUCAAUGUUUAAGUUAUUAGAAUGUUGAAUAUAUCAUAUAAUGCAUAUAUAUGUAUAGAUGGAGAAUGAAUGUGUGUGUAUAUAUGCAUUUAUACACAUACACUUGUGUGAAAAUUAUUUGUUCUAUGCUUUUCAGAUUGUCUUUUAGGGCCAUUACUCUAUCAUAAGCCUGAAUGUAUGGGCCCUCAUUUUAUUUUAAUUAUGUUUCCAAUUCCUUCUUCCCAAAUAAGCUAUUCAAAUUCACAUAAAGUGAUGUGGCUGCCAUCUGUAUGUAGUCAUUUAGCUUACAUGGAUAAUGCAAAUUAGUAGAAUUUAUAUUUUGCUUUUUAUUUUUCCUUUCUAAUCUUCAACCUGAGCUAGCAAAACUUUAAGGCUAUUAUAAAUUAUCUCAGAAAUCCACCUAGAUUACUUUCUAUCCAUUGUUGUUUUACAUAUAGUAUCACUAUUUUUACCCUUUAAUGAAGUAUGGCUAUUACAUUAAUUCAGAAUGAUUUUACUACAUCUUAGGUCAAUGGAUCUAAAGCAAUAUAUUCACUGUGAUAAUAUGUAUGUUUUUAUUUCCAAAAGUACAGUAAAAUUUUAGGUCAAAAAAAUAAGUAACUCAGCAUCUCCUGGGCAGGACCUCAUGACAUAGAUCCAUUAUUUGUAUGUGCAAUUGGAUUAAGGUGCUUCAUCACUUUUUUCUUAAUCUAUUAAAACACACGGAGGGGUCUGGAAAAUAAAUACUGAAUUAGGAUUGCCAGUAACAAUCAUUAAUAUGUAGUAUUGUGAGAAUUUUAGUGCUUCUCCAUGUUUCAGUUUCUUUAUCUCUAAAAUAAAGGUGACAGUAGUAUUAAACUCAUAGGGCAGUUAUUAAUAUUAAAAUGAAUUUAUCUAUAUAAAGUGCUUCAAAGAGUUAGUGCAAACUAGACACUACAUAAGUAAAAACUGUUAUCAUGAUCAUUAUUAUUGCCCAUUAACUUCUUAAUACAAAAUGUUCUUAUUUGGUUUUUUAAAAAUAUUUUCCAAUAAAAUUAGAUUUAUAUGUCUAAAACUUUGAGAUUCAGUUGCAAAAUAACUUUCAAGAUGGCUUGUCUUUUCACUUUCUCCUUUCUUUUCCAAGUGAUACUGAUCAGAUAAAUGCAUUUAAAUGUGCAUUAAGCAAUCAGAAACAAGAGAAAGACAUAAAAAGAUGCCAAGUAAUUGGAUAGAAUGCUAGAGAUAUUUGUCUUUCCUGGUAAAAAGGGUUUUUCAGUAAAUAUGAGUGUUUAAUAACAGCCCUAUCAGCAGUGAUUUAUAGUGAAUGAAGUUUAGCUGACUACCAAAGACAAUUUAUUUCCAAGAAAACUGAUAUUAUAUUCUAAGUAGUAUGCAUCCUGCUCUAUAAUAUGAUAUACAUGGAAUACACAAACAUGAUCUUAUUCACUCUCGUAGGUUUUGAGGACUGAUCAUUUUUCACUCCCUCCACCCCAAAUAUUGGGAGUCAAACCCAGAGAUUUGCAUGUGUCAGGUAAUUGCUGUAUCACAGAGAUACACCUUAGCCCAGAACUGAUCAUUUUUAUGGUUGUUGAACAUAUACUUUUCAUUCAACAUAAAAAAAUAGUAUUAAGGCAGAACCCCUUAAAUCUUAAAGCCAACAUUUCAGUAGACCAAGGAACCAAAUAACCAGAUGAAUUAAAUUUUUAAAAAAUCAGUUAGAAAUAGGUUUUAUAGGAUUAUUAAAAUAGAAUAAUAUGACAAUCUCUUCAUAUUGGAAGGUUAAACUUUCCUAAGGAGAAGUCAUUUAAACUGAUGUCUGAAAGACAAGAAUGUUGGAGAUUCAAAAUUUUAAAGGUUUGUUCUCUGUGAGUCAGGGAGAAAUUCUAAGAAUUUUUCUCUAUAAACAUCUCUAUUUUCCUCUGGAAAAAUUAAUUGGUAGAAUUACAUAGUUUCAUAUUAUCAUUUGUUCUCCACUAUUUUAUUUUAAGCCUGAUCUAUAUAAGCAAAAUAGAUCAUUUCUUUCUUCAGAGGAAGUCCACACAAGGCACUAUGAAUAGGCUGAGAACUUGAUAUUUCCCUGCCCCUGAUUUGAUCUCAGGGUUUUCUUCACCUGUACUUAACUUCUAACCCCACAUAUAAAGUGCCUAGCAGUGCUUCAAGCAACUUUCUGAAGAGAUUUUUAUCCAUUUGGUAAAAGCAAAAGCUAGGUAAAAGAAUAUAAUUAUAUAAUAAGCGUUGUCAAAUCUGGUAGCCUAUUCAAGUCAUGUAGGAUACUUUUAUAAAUUUCUGAUACCAGGUUAUAUAAAUUAAAUUAGAGCUUCUGAGGGGUGGGCCCCAAAUUCCAGGAAUAAAUGUCAUUAUAGGUGAUUUAUCUAGCAUCGAUAACCAUUCUCCAGUCCAGAAAAUUGUAUUCAAUAUAAUUUACAAUACCAUUACAUGCUACUUUCUUUGUAGAAAAUAAAAACAUCACAAUAGAAUUUAUGAAUUAUUUUUUCAGGUGAAUAUUAUGCAUGUUAAAGAUGGUUAAAAUAACCAAACCCAAGUGGAAUAAUCCAAAUCUGAACCAGUUGAGGAAUAAACAAAAUAAAGAAUAGUCAUUUAAUUCCUUUAGUUUCAUUAAUUAUAUUUGCCAGUAAAAAAAAAUGAAAUACUUAUGUAUCCUAAAGUACAAAUAAUAAACCUGGAACAUAUUAUCUUUAGUGUAAAAAGACAAUCACUAAAGACUACAUAUUAUAUUGUUGCAUUUAUUUUCAAUGUCCAGGAAAGGCAAACCUUUGAAGAUAAAUAGCAGAUUAUGGUUGCCUGAUGCUCUACAUGGGGUGGAGAAAGGGAAUGAUCUCCUGUGAGCACAAAUGAUCCAUUUGGGAUAAUGUAAGUUCUAAAAAGAAUUUUUUUACACAAUUCUAUAAAUAUACCGAAAAUCAGCAUUAUAUUUUUCUGGCCAUCAAAGGAUCUCCUUCAUGUAAAUGAUGAACAGUUUUAAAUAAAAGGCAUUUUCAUAUUUUUGGUUUUAAAUUAUUUUAAGGUAUUACUGUCAUAGAAACUAUAAGUACUAGUUUACAUUUCACUAGUAUUUUUCUCAUUAAAGUUCUAAAGGUAAAAUUAAUAAAAAUUGGGACACAUGAAUACUAAUACCACCUAAGCAAAUUAAAAAUCGGUGAUCAUUAUAAAACACUACUAUAAACUAUGAUAAAAAUGAGGCUAAAUUUCAUCUAUAAUACAAUGACAAAAUAUACAGAUUUAAAACUAUUCUGGUUCCUAUUCAUUUUCCAUAUAUGUUAAUUUUACAUUUUUGUGGUUGUGAGAUGAGUUUUCUAAAUCUAAUUUAUAUUAUAUGAAGUCAGAAUUUCAAUUAUAGUAUUAAUUGUUCAAAAAAGGGAUAAAAUCAACUCAGAAAGUCACUAAAUGAUUUACUGAUUAUUAAUUUCUCAUCUAUUUCUGCACUAUUGAAAGAUUUGUGCAAGAUCUAAGUAUUUCAGCUCUAAAUAUACAUAACGAUAGAAUAGAAUAAGCUAUAAGAGAGCAAGCAAAUUUUAUUUGUAAGGGAAGAAAUAUAAGAAAACUGUUGCAAAAAUGCAGUAAAUGUGUGUUAAUGCGUUAAACAUUGUAGUAAAAAAUUAAAAGAUCAAGUUAAUGGGCAUAAUCCAAUGUACUGUGGGCUAAUAGAGACCUAUCUCACAUUAAAGACCUAAAGACCAGCACAGUACUGCUCUUCUCAAUCCAUGGCUAAGAUUAGAGAUGAGUGAUUAGCUGUAGACUUUGACUAAAGAAUAUUUGUGAUUUUUUUAACAUAGAGAAUGAUUUGUGAUAACAAAGCUAAUUUAUGCAGAAAAAUUUUUAAUAUGUUAUAUGGAAGACAUUUUUUAUGAUAUAUUCCUGGGGUUAAUUAUCUUUGUAAUAUACAUUCAAAUAUCACUUAGAGUAAAUAUUUAAUGAUUAGGAAGUCUACAGAUUCAUUAUGUAUAUGAGAUUUUGCACUCUGAUUAUUUCUGAGAUUGUAUUUAGAAAGUUAAGGCAAUAGUGAGAUUAAAUAUCACAUUACAUAUGAUCCAAGGUUAGGAUUCUUGAAAGAAAAUUUGUGAUUUGUUCAAUUUUGAAUCUCAAAUACAGGUUAGCAUAUUACUUGUACAAAUGUAUUUUUUCUUUAUUGUCUUGAAAUUACCUUCUUUGAGAAUAAUUGUUCAUAAAAGUGCUUUUAACCUGCAAAUUUCUGUUUUUCUAUUAAUUAAAUCAGUAGGUAAGCAUCUGCUAACAGCAUUUUUUUAAUCACAUUCUGGCUAAAGUCCUAGAAAAAAUUGUUAAUAUAUAUUUCAUUUUGGUUAAGUGGCUUAACAGUUAAUAUUUAACUAAAAUAACAGAACAGUUUGGCUUAUAGAAAUAUGCUAUGUAAGUGAGUAAGCAUGUAUGAGAGAGACAUAAUAAUAUGUAUGUGUGCAUGUGUGUGUGUGUGCAUAACCAUGAUGGGUUAGUACAUAUUGGGUUAGUAGGGGCUAAUCACAUAGAUAUGGAGUCUAAGUCAGAUACACCUGCAUAAGUUAGUUAAUCCCUUCAAUUAUGAAUUUCUUUACCUACAUAGGGGAAAUAAAAUAUUAAAUGUUAUUCAAUGAGAGAAUAUUUUUAAAAAUUUCAGUAGAGUAUGGCAUACAUUAAGCUUCAUAUACAAUUCAGCUAUUAAACAUUUUGAAUUAUUAUACUAGCAGUUGUAAAGCAAAAAGAGCACACCUUAUUUUAAAUUACUAUUGUUAUUCACAGUGUAGUUUAGAGGAUGGUUUCUAAAAACAUGUUAUUAAUAAUAAAGCAUUUCAUUCUUAUUAAACAUAUAUAAUAUUAUAAAAAAGAAGGGGAAUAUUACAAAUAUAGUUGAAACUGUCUCUGUGAUAGGUAGUGCAACCACUUCUAGAUUCAUGUUUACCAUUUUCUUGCUUUCCAUCACAUUUCAAAGACAUAAAUUAACUCUAAAAAUAUAUUGUUUAUCUUUGUAUAUUUUAUAUCCUUUAUGAUGAGAUCAUAAUAUGAAUCUGAAAAUUAUUCUUUUCCAUGAAAAAUUACCUCCCUGAAGUGGAUUUAUUUUGAUAUAUGCAGCUAGUUCACAUAUUUUCACUAUAUGUGGUUUAAUACAACCUGCACAAAAUGUAUGAAAGGAAAUAAAUGAAACAUUCUCUGAAAAACUUUAUGCAUUUACUUUAAAAACUAAUGACAAAAGGGCUGGGGUUGUGGCACAGUGGCAGAGUGCUUGCCAGGGACAUGUGAGACACUGGGUUCAAUUGUCAGCACCACAUAAAAAUAAAUAAAAUAAAGGUAUUGUGUCCAUUGACAACUAAAAAAUAUUUUUAAAAAACCCUGACAGAAGAAACUUCUUUAAUCCAUUAAAGGCUAGCUACAAAAGCUUAUUAUACAAGUAUGUUAUACAUUAACAACAUUUCCCUGAAAAUCAGUUGAAUAAAAAGGUACUUUCCAUGAGCACCUUUAUUCAAUAUUAUAGUGUAGAGCAUUAUUAGUGACAUAAGAUCAAAAAAGAAAAGACAUAAAACUAGAGAAGAACAAAAAUCAAUGUCAUUAAUAUUUUCAUUCAUAAUCACAGUUCCAGAUAAUUUUUAUCACUUCUUCUUGGUUUUUAUUUCUACAAACCCCUAUUGCACAAAGGGGCUUUUUAAAAAUUAUUUUUCUAAUUCUACCUUUCCCUUAUGUUGGUUUGGAAAUUAUAUAGCCUGUGCCAAUCACUUUGGUUGUAAUCAUUGGGAUUUAAGCAUACAUUUUAAUUCAAUGUUUGAGGCUAGAUAUUUAACCAUGUCUACCUUUGAUCAAUAUAUUUACAUUUCUCUCAAAAUUUGUAAAACCAUACUAAAGCCUUAACUCUGAUUUUUUUCCAUUUCCCUUUAUCCAUUUUUGAGUUGUGUCUAGUGAUUUUCAUAUUCUUUCAUACAUUUUAAUAUUAUCUAUAAUCAGAAUUUGCUUGAAUAUAUUCACACACUUGUUUAUUGCCCACAUUUCAUUCUUCCAAUAAUUUCUUUAUUUGGUUAUUUUCAUUCAUUAUCUAGUAAAGUAUGCAAAUUCUUUUACUUCAGAUACAUUGUAAACUCCCUCCGCUUUUGCUUGUCUGAAAAUGUCUAUUUAACUAUUAUUUCUAAAAUACAGCUUUGCUAGGAACAUGCUUCUGUACUAAAAGCUAUGUUCAAAAUUUAUUUCAGUUUUUUAUGUCUUAGAAAAUCUGCUGUCAGCCUAAUUGUCAUUUUGUGGAUUAUGUCUUUCUUAUCUGGUAGCAUUUAAUGUUUUUUCUCAACUGUUACUAUUGGCAGUUUUACCUUGAAUCAUCCAAGUUUUAUUUCUUUUUAUUAUCUCAUUUGGUAUUUAUCAGAAUUACCAAAUUUAAGACUGGUAUCUUUCAGCAGUUCUAAUCAUUUUUUAAGGCAUUAUCAUAAAUAUUACCUGUUCUGCAUUCCUUUUACUCUCCUUUAUGAAAACCUAAUUUAAAAAUAAUGCCUCAUCUAGUAUAUUGAAAAUAUUACCCUUUCUUAUUUGGUCUCAUCUCUUUAUCUGUUCCUCUUUCUGGAAAACUUAUUCAUAUUGGUCAGCUAAUUUACAAAUAUUUUAUUAAUUUUUUAAUUUGCUAGAAUUUCUAGUUUGUUAGAUUUCUGAGUUAGUCAUUAUUUAAUUUUUAGAAAUUCAGCUGGAUUCUUUCUAAAUUUGUGAUGGUUAUAGUGAUGCUUGUUUAUUCAUGAUGUUUUUCAAAUAUUUGGAAUAUUUUAUUUCUUUUUUAACUUUGUAAGAACGUUGUCUUAUAAUCUGAUUAUUUCAUUAUCUAUAUCUUCUUGUGUAUAUCUGAUUUGUUUUUGCUAAUAUUAUGUCAUUGAACUGUGCUUCUUCAUGUUUAAUAAUUUGAAUUUUUUAUUAGUACAGUUGAUAUUAAAAUAACUGUACAUAUUUAAUAUGCACAAUUUGAUGAGCUUUUACAUAUGCAAACAUAUAAGUACCAUCAUCAUAAUCAGAGUAGUAAACAUAUUUAAGACUUGUCAAUCUUUUUGUAUGCGUGUUUCCUUUUCCUGUGUCUGUUAUUGUGAAACAAACACUAAAAAUAAAAUCUUUUCUCUUAGCAAACUUUGAAUUGUACAAUACUAUAUUGUUAAAUAUAAGCACUGAUUUCUCUAGAAAUUAUUCAACUAGCAUAGUUGUAAUAAUACCUUUUGAAUAAUAGCACUCCAUUUCUCCCACCCCCAAGCACCUAGAAACCACCAUUCUAGCUUCUACUUUUAUGAGUUUGAGUGUUUUAAAUACUUCAUAUAAGAGGAAUCAUGCAAUAUUUGUCCUUCUAUGACUGGUCAAUUUUCACUUGGAAUAAUGUCCUUCAAUUUCAUGCAUACUCUUACAAAUGCAGAAUUUCCGUCUUCUUUAAGACUGAAUAUCAGUCCACUGUGUGGUGUAUGUGUUUGUGUGUGUGUGUGUGUGUGUAUUUGCUUUAUUCAUUUGUUGAUGUAUUGUGGUGUUGCUUCUAUAUUUUGAUUAUGUACUGUGAAUAGUUUUGCAAUGACAUUGGAAUUCAGGUGUCUCUGGUUCGGUUCCUUUGAAUAUAAAUCAAGUAGUGAGAUUAUUGAAUCUUAUUGUAGUUCUAUUUUUAAUUUUUGAGGAGUUUUUAUACUGUUUUCCAUAGCUUCUAUACCAUUUUACAUCCGCAUCACAGUGUGUAAGGAUUUUGAUUUAUCCACAAUCUCAUCAACACUUAUUGUCUUUGUAUUUUAAUAAUAUUCAUCCUAACUGAUGUAAAGUUGUAUCUCUUUGUAGUUUUGAUUUGCAUUUUCCAGAUAAUUAUGUCCCUAAUUAUAUUUUAAUGUAUCUGUUGGCUAUUUGCAUGUCUUCUUUGGAGAAAUGUCUUUGAAAAUAUUUGCCCAUUUUUAAUUAGGUUAUUCUUUUUUAAAAUAUUGAGUUGGUAAUUCCUUAACACUUUGAAAAUUAAUCCCUUAUUAGCUAUGUUGUUUCUAAGACAUAGAGUGGUUUUCUCAUUCUGUUGAUCAUUUCCAUGGUUGUGCAGAUACUUUUCAGUUUGUUUUGGUCUCACUUAUCUGUUCUUCUUAUUUUUUUAUUGUAUUGUGGUAUCAUAUCCAAAAAAUUGUUGCCAAGACUAAUGUUAAGAAA